CUCUCAAAAAUGCUAGAAGAACCUCAAAAUAUUGACACUAUUUUGGCUCCAAGUACAAUACAUAUACACACAGACAAUAAAAUUUUGUGAGCGGUUAUAAGUUUAUUGUUUGCGCAUAUCAGUGUUGUGCUUAGAUCAAAAUGGUGUCAAUAACUUGGGGUAACCUCCUUAUCUAUGGCUCGUGGUGUCAAAAUAACUUUGGUCAUUUUUUGCGUGAGAAACUUAAUUUUUGACACUCCAUGGGCUACGGCCUACGUGGCAGUGACCCGAUCACCCAUGGAUGUACCUGAGUACCAGAUUUUCGAGCUAACUGAGUGCCCAUCUGCGACCGGCCGGCCGCCCCUUAACGGCGUUUCGAAUGUUAAAGCUGGCCGGAGAUUUCCACUCGGGUAUGGCCGUCCCCGUCGCGCACUGCUGUGACUCCAUCGUCACUGUCAGUCUUCCCCAAUUUCGUUCUGACGGUAACCGUCUCCAACCUAACCACCAUUUCAGUCGGUGUAAGUUGAACUCCGGCGUUGCAACCGUCCCCGGCUUGACCCUACGCCGCCUCGUAGUCCCGAGGAAUUUCCUCGUCAUCUGUUUUGCUUCCAAUGACUCCGCUCAAUCAUCCGAAAUCAGUUCCACAGCCAAGAUUAGGAGUGAGGUCCUUUCUCCAUUUCGAUCUGUUCGUAUGUUCUUCUACCUUGCUUUUGUUGCAAGCGGGGCUCUUGGAGGAUUUAUAGCUACAGCACGGCUUAUUGCAGCACUGUCAAAUUCAUCAAGAGCUGCAGAAGUUCCUGAGAUUUUGCAAGGUCUUGCAAUAGAUAUUGGAGCAGGCUCCCUAUUUGCCCUUCUGUAUUACAGGGAGGAUAGAGCUAAAAAGGCUCAACUACUUAAGCUCUCAAGAGAAGAAAGCCUCUCAAAUCUAAAGCUUCGCGUGGAUGAUAAGAAAAUUCUUCGUGUUAGUAAUUUUAGAGGAAUUGCUCGUCUGGUCAUUCUUGCCGGUCCUUCCUCUUUCAUUUCCGAGUGUUUUAAACUCAGUGAACCAUUUACUGACUCCCUUGUAGAAAGAGGGGUGCUUGUUGUUCCAUUUUCUACUGAUGGAAAGGUGCUUAGUUUUGAGUUUGAGGAGAAUGAAGGGAUGAAGGAAAAGAAUGCUCGGAGAAAAAGGCUAUGGCAGCUUUCUCCUGUUUAUGUAACUGACUGGACCAAAUGGAUAGAUGAACAAAAGAGUCUGGCUAAUAUCCCCCCUGAAUCUCCAGUGUAUCUCUCUUUACGCAUGGAUGGCCGUGUUCGUGGCAGUGGUGUCGGGUACCCUCCUUGGAAUGCUUUAGCUGUUCAACUCCCACUGGUUAAGGGGAUGUGGUCCGGCCUGCUCGAUGGCAUGGAUGGAAGUGUUUAAGGAGAAAUUAGAUUUUACCAUGAAUCACCACUUGCUUCUGUAGGAGGGCGGGCAUUCAUAUUGUUGUCACUGCAUGAAACAAACACCAGGAAUCUUUGAAUGUGAAGUCACGUGUUUUGAAUCUUUGAUUGUCCAUUUGGAUGUUCCACGUGAUCUGGGAUGUAAAGUAACACGGGAUCAAAGCAUCCGAAGCAGAUAGUUGAGACGCAUCACGCAUGUACCCUCAUAGAGACAACAUGUUGAAUAUCUCAGCUCAGUUCACAAAUUUG